GGCGCCUCCCCGGGGACAAGCAGAUAUGGGCACCGGCUGGGGAAACCCCGGGAGGGCGCGGCUGGCGCUGUGCCUGGCCGGCCUGGCGCUGUCCCUGUACGCGCUGCACGUGAAGGCGGCGCCCGCCCGGGACCGGGACUACCACGCGCUCUGCGACGUGGGCUCCGCCAUCAGCUGUUCUGACGUCUUCUCGUCCAGAUGGGGCCGGGGCUUCGGGCUGGUGGAGCAAGUCUUGGGCCAGGAUAGCAUCCUCAAUCAAUCCAACAGUAUAUUCGGUUGCAUUUUCUACACGCUGCAGCUGGCCUUAGGUUGCGUGCGGGGUCGCUGGGCCUCCAUCCUGCUGGUACUGAGCUCGCUGGUGUCGAUUGCCGGUUCCGUCUACCUGGCUUGGAUCCUGUUUUUCGUGCUCUAUGAUUUCUGCAUCGUUUGCAUCACUACGUAUGCCAUCAACGUGGGCCUGAUGUUGCUUAGCUUCCGGGAGGUCCCAGAACCCCAGGUCAAGGCCAAGGGCCACUGAGUCCUCACCCCCACACAGGCUGACCUCAUCCGCUUUGGCACACACGGGAGCCUUGCCCGUGGGGGGCCUUUCCCAGGUGUUUGGAAGGCCCUGCCUCCCUCCCCCACCCCCAGACCCACACAGCAGGAUAAUGGACCAAACGUGUUCCGCUCUGUCUUCCAGCCAGUGCCCCAGCUCUGUCCUCUAGGGCUGGUUUCCUGCACCUGCCCAGGGACGGGCUGGUUUCAGCAAUAAAGUUUCUUAUACACA